CGAGGUUAAUACUGGGAAGACCUGUAUUACAGUACAGGUGAUGUGCAGUUGUUUGUGUGGUGACAGUCUCCUCCCUGUUGGUCAGAGAGGGAUAACACGUGGUCUUCUCGUCAUCCCGUUUUAAUGCUGUUUUUACUGAUGGGGAAAUUUACUAAUUAUUUAGGUUGCCAGGACCACCAGUGAGCAAGGCUGUUGGUUCAGUUGAGUGUUUACCUCCUCCCACAGCCACACGACCAUUGGCACCUCUCAGGACACACCAUUCACCUCACGCCGGUGAAAAUAUGUCAGACCUGCAGACCAAGAAGCCUCUGGGACCACCGAGGAGAACGCCAAGCCGGGGAGGAUUGAGGACCCGGUCCAGAGGAUUACCUUCAUCAUCAGUCAGGGGUCGUGGCUCUGGGUCCUCAGGGUCCAGUAGAAGAGGCUCUGACUCUCUUGAUGAAGAUGGAACAAGAGCGCCUUUGAGUCCACCUCGCAAGCCAGCGUCCAGGGGCUACAGCUCUGUUAGGGCAAGAAUCCGUGUUCGUAGAGGGCGGCCAGUGAUGCAAGGGUUUGCCAAUGUUGGUGGAGUAUUUGAUGUUGCCAAAGGAGAAGAAUUACAUCCUCAGCUUAUCAGAAUGGCAAGAAAAUCAGGACAGCUAAACCUGUCAAAUAGAGGAAUGGCUGAAGUGCCUGAUAAAGUGUAUCACAUUCAUGAGAUGGAUGCUGAAGAGGCAAAGAAGUUGACCAUGGGUAUGACCAUGGACGGCAGCGAUGAAGACCGCUGGUGGGAACAGUCAGAACUCACACGUCUCUACCUCUCUUCUAACCAAAUCGGCUCAAUAUCCCCCAAGAUCAGUAAUCUUCUUUCUCUCCAAGUGUUAGAUCUCUCAGACAACUGCUUGACGUCUCUGCCGUCAACUCUGGGAGAACUGACUUGCCUUCAUCGUUUGACUCUCAGUCAUAACCGCCUUGAAGAAUUGCCGGCCGGUGCUUAUCUUCUUCCUGACUUAAGAUCUCUACAGCUCGACCACAAUAAUCUCACAGCGCUCUCGGAGGACUUGGGAAACUUGAAUGUCCUGGAAUAUUUGGAUGUCUCGCACAACUCACUGACAGAAUUUCCUCUAAGCAUUGGUUACCUACAGAGACUAACCAAACUAAAUGCCUCCGAGAACCAGAUCAAAGAACUUCCUCCGGAGAUUGGCGAUUGUUUUGCUCUGCAACAACUUGAUCUGACUCAUAAUCAGCUGAUGGCUCUCCCUAAAUCCAUCGCCAACUUGCGGAAGUUAGAGCAGCUGUAUCUCCGUCACAACAGCAUCCAGAUCCUGCCUCCACUACAUGGCUGUACUUCCUUAAAGGAAUUACACUUAGGAAAUAAUUUUAUUAAGGAGUUGGAUGCUGAUCAGUUGUCUUACCUCACAACUGUUAAUGUUCUGGAUCUGAGAGACAACCAGAUUGAUGACUUGCCAGAUGAGAUUACUCUCCUGCAGGGACUAGAGCGACUUGACAUCACCAAUAAUAACUUAUCAACGUUACCAUUUCAUCUUGGUCUUCUGCCACACUUGAAGUCUAUGCCACUCGAGGGUAACCCCAUGCGACUCAUCCGCCGAGAUAUAGUCCAGCGUGGCACCGUGCAGCUCCUCAAGUAUUUGCGCUCGAGGGUGUCCGCUCCCAUUAACACCUUCCCCGGUUUUGAGAAUUCAUCAAAUGACACCAACGUGCUCAUGGAUAAUAGAUCACUGCCAGACAAGUACCAGAUGAAGAGCACACAGACAUUGACGUACAAUGAGAAGGCCACGGAAAUUCCAGAUCAGCUGUUUGAAAAUGCCUCUGAAGCUCAAGUGAGGGCUGUCGACCUCAGUAAAAACCAGCUCACUCAGGUCCCUGAUAAAUUGGAGAUGCUGUCUCGGCACGUGUCAGAAAUCAUGCUGGGACUAAACAAGCUCUCGUCUCUCCCGUCUUGGGUCGGAAGUUUCCAGCGUUUACAGUUUCUUGACUUACAGGGGAACCAACUUAAGGAUCUCCCCACCGACCUGGCCCAACUGCUCUACCUUCGUGAGAUAAACAUUGCAGCAAACAGGUUUGAGCAGUUGCCAGCUUGUGUUUAUGAGAUGGCACAGCUGGAGAUCCUGUGUGCCGCUGACAAUCAGAUCAACAUGAUAUACGUUGACGGCCUCUCCAAGUUGAAGCGCCUGGCAACACUUGAUCUGCACAACAACAACAUAAAUUUCAUUCCUCCACCUUUAGGGAACAUGACACAGCUUAGGAGUUUACAACUUCAUGGGAAUCCAUUCCGUGUGCCAAGGAAAGCCAUCUUGGAUAAGGGAGCUCAUGAGAUCCUCGACUACCUGCGCUCCAGGAUUAUUGAUGAAUAAACCUCGAGUGGUACUAGUAAGAGUGGACCAGGUUUUGUUACACUUCUCCUGGAGCAAAAAGUUUUCAAAAUAACUUGUCCACUAAAAUGUUUUUCUUUUACCAGUAAAUAAGUGAGCAUCAGUAAACAGUGUCCAUCACCAAAGACUGUACAGUGUAUUGUGGUGUUUUAAGCUGUGGUAAGGACAAUACUUAUACAUUUUUUAUUAACAGAGUUAAUGGAUUAAAACUUUUUAAAAGUCAUUGUAAUAUUCAUGAACUUGUUAAAAGGAAUAACUCAUCUUCAUCAAAAUACAUGUGGUCCAAGAUACAUUUUUAUGGAAGAUUUCAUUAAAAAAAAUUAUAGUAAUGUAUAUAUGUUUGAUUAAUAUUUAUAUUUGUAUUAGUUUGCUUGUGUGUGCCUUGUAUAGCUGUACUGUAUAAUAAGUGUGUGCACUAUGAUAUACACUUAACUGUAUAUCUUAAAGGUGUGCUUUAUAUUCAUCAUCCCUUGUCUCCUUAUCUUAUAAAGAACAUAAUCUUUCCUUAGACGUGUAAAAGAUUGAUGAAUUAUUGCAUAAUGUUAAUGAGACCAAUUUGGUGAAGACAUUUAAGAUCCAUGUACUGUAGAGGAGACAGACGGUCACCUAAGAGUGGCUCUUCCCUUUGGUGCUGUAACCUAAACUAUCAUUAUCAACUCUUUAUUGGGCAAAUAGAGAUGUGUUCUUGGACCUGAUAUUGUUGCUGCAGACACCCUAAUUAUUGCUUUUACUUCAGGUACAGACAGUAGUAUAAAGGGUUCUAAAGCUUAUUAAUGAUUUUCCCCACACCUACAGUCUCCUUCGGUAACAGUCUACAUGUUUCUCUGGUCUGGUCUCUUCAGGCUUUUUUAUCUGUGGCUGUCAACUGUCCAUCUACCUUAAACUUUUGUUCUUGAUUGAUAUUAUGUCUGUCAGAUCCCCUCUUUCUCCUAUUAUAUUUUGGAGGUCUUAAAUUUGAGGUGUUCAAUGUGUCGGAUCGAUUGGUGUCGGGGAUGUAUUGCUUCAUUAUUUGAAACGUGUGGGCUGCCUUAGGUUAGGUUAAGGUACUGUCACCAGCAUGAUUCAGUGUUGAGAGAAUGUUUGACCGAGAAACUCUAGAGCAGCUUAUGAACCAAGAACUGCCUUUUAUUGCAGGAUGGCCGGAAACAUUCAUCAUAUGCAAACAUUUAUCCAUUAUUUUAUUUUCAUUCUUGCUGCUAGAAAAGGUGCAUUCUGAAUACAGUGAGACCUCCAUAUAACAGACAUCUCUUUCCAUAUAAUCUGUUAAAUGUGAGGUUUCAGAUCUAACUGACCCUCGAUAUAACAGACUUUGCUCUCUAUAUAGUCCGUUAAAUAGAGGUUUCACUGUACAUACUGCACCAUUCUUGGACAGUUUAGAGCUGUUUCUUUAUAAUGAUUCCUGUCACAGUCAGAAGCCAAAGCAAGUGAUAAAAAUUAGAUAAAAAAAAAAAUCGGUAAAAUAUUUUGAUUUGAUGUUUACAAUAAAUAAAAGAAAAAGGUUAGAAUAUUUGUUGUACAGUUCAACAGGGGAGUGUGUGUGUGUGUUUAUAAUUGAGACACAUAUGAAUGAGUUUAGCUGUUUUAACCUCCAUGUACUGUACCCUGCACGUUAGAAUGCUGCCGAUAACAUUCUUAACACAACAGACACGUUAAUUCACCUAAUAAAUACUUUGGCAGUGCAUGGAAGUUGAGGUGGCUGCCUAGUGCCUUGAAGCAUGUACAGUACAGAGGAACCCCACUACUGUACAUAUUACUUAUUAAUGUAUCCUUUGUUAGUCUUUUGAAUGUAAACAAACUUCCUUUAUUUAUAAUUGAAUUAAAACUCUUUACAGAUCACCUGAAGGAUCUCACCCCGGCUUAUUACACCUAAAGAUUAACCACCAUAGUCUAACCUUAUCUCAACACCCUAUAUAAUAUUAGGGUGGUUAAUCUUAAGGUGAAACAAGCUAGGGUGGCAAUUCUCCAGGUGAUCUCUCUUUACUGUGUUCAGAAAUGUUGUACAGGAAUUACACAUCAGAGAUAUUAUGCAGUAAUAUCCAUACUAUAGGUUCUAAGAGUCUUUUAAAAGUGAGUUACACCGGAAAAGUUUGCCAUCAUCCCAGGUUCUACUGAGGGUUAAUGUAUUAGUUUGUCCCAGUAAUUCACCUGGCCUAAUCCUCCUGUGAUCUGCAUCACGCCUAAAAAAUUUUCUACCAUGGGUAUAUAAAUUUCAAGACUUCUGGUUAGUUGACCAAUGUGACAUUCAGUGCACCUCUCCUGAAGAGUAGACGAGGAUCAAAAUUUUCCCUGUAGUGUACUAGAGGAGAAGCCUGAACGAGCACAUAAGCCAAGACACACCUCACUGGACCAGACAUUGUAGAUUUCAGGCAUCAACCCUCAUCCACUCCUGGCCUCACCUCCAACCACACAAGUUAUCUCCUUGACAACUUUAGUUUUUGCUUGCCUCUGAUUAUUAACUGCUUUAUGGUGUUUUGAUCAAGCCAUAUAAUCCCCAUUAUAGUAUUAGAAUUAAACUAAGAUUACUUUAUUACUUGUAGAAAGUUGUUUACAGUAUGGCAGUGAUUCAAUGUGGACCAACACCCACAUCUUCCUCUUGAAGGACAGGAAGCCAUAAAUAAUUUAACCUCAUUUGAUGACCAAGACCAGAACUAAGCAUCUUUGUAACCUUCCAUCCUCCAGUGGGUUAGUGUAAAGUUUGCCAGGAUUGAAUUGGGACUACCACCAGACAACCAUUACAUUUGAACUGAAAAGAAAGGGGAGGGACAAACUAGCUUAUGUGACAUGCUUAUUCAGGUCUCCAUCUUAGUUUACUUGAGGAAAAACUUUUUUAUUUGUUCUCUUUGAGCUUUGGCUGCAGGUUAAAUAAAUAAUUUACUUUAACAUUUUGGUAAUUAAAUUUUUUUCAGCCAGAUCCCAUCAAAAUCUGUUGCAUCAUUCCAGGGAUGUGGACUAGUGUCUGUCUGGGCAAGAUGUGUAGUUUAGACUCGGAAAUUUUUCCCAAUAUUGUACUGUAUUCGGGAAAUCUCUCAUCUCUGGAAGGGCUCUGCACCAAUUGUUCUGGCGAGCUGGGAUAUCACUACUAUAAUUGUCACCUUUUGUCAUGCUUCCCAAUGAAGAAUUCUCACCACCAGUGAUUCUUUUCACCUUAUUCCAUCUCUAGUUCAUAUCAAUAAAUAUAGAUCCCCACUGUGCCAGACAUUUCUUAAUCUGCCAUUGUAAGGUUAUAUCUAGUGAGCACUACUAACCCAUGUGGGUGUAUUUGCAGAAUAUUAACUCAAACUUGUCUACUUACUGUUAUAGGCUGAAGGAAGUCCAGCUAGAAUUAAUGUUAUCUUUUGCUUAUAUAAUGUAAUGGUAGAUAUGAUCUGCUUCAAGAAUUAAUUAGUACAGGUAAUAGGCAGCUACCAAACAUGGAGAUACUACUGCCUGGGAAGAUAUUGGAAGCAUAAUGUACUGUCUAAUGGUAGACCCUGCUGCCAUAUGGCAUCACGAAAAU